AUGAAAAAUCGUAAGAGUAUUAAAAACUAAUUUAGAUUAAUCCAUUUAUUUGAAUUAGUUUAUAAAUAAUUCUAAUGGUCAAUAGAAGCUGAAUAUCAGCACAUUUAAUAAAUUAAUAACUGCUUGAUGUAUAUUGAUCCAGCAGACACGAAAGCAUGGGCUGAAGAAUUGAAGGAAUAUCAAGGGAAUAGGAAACAAAAAGUGGAUUUUUAGAAACCAAAGAUUUUCACAUAAAAAGAAAUGAAAUUGAAACAGACUGAAUUCAAUCCUGUUUUAUAGACUUACUAAAAUCAAGAAAGGGAUGUAAAGGAGAAGGAAAAAGAUUUUCAGAAGACAUCUACAUUGGCAUAAAAGAAAAUGGAAAUGGUUAAGAAAUAUUUGCACGAAUAUGAUUUAGUUAAUUUGGAGCAAGUUUAAGGAAUAGAGAGACCUGAUGAGAGAGAGAAAACAAAAUAAUGUUUAUUACCACCCAAUUUUAAUGAUUAUAAUAUAAUAACAAAUGAGAAGAAGAGUGAAGAAUAUUACAAAAACAUGAAGGUAGUUGUUUAGAAGCGAGUUCAUGAGAAGCCAGUGAUAAAUAGAAAUAAGCGAGAUUUCAAUAUCAUUACAAACAAGUUUUUGGAUAAUCAUGAAAUAAAAGCAUUAGAAUAGGAGGCUGCUGUAAUGUCAGAUAUAAAUGAUAAAUGUAAAAGAGUCAGAAACUAUGAUAUUGUGGCAGGAUCUUUUUAUAAUGAUGACCAAGAGUGGGAGUAUCAAUAGAAAUUGAAGCAGGACUAAUUAAAUCAUGGCAAGCACUUUAACGAUAGAUUUCCACCAUCUUGGAAGUUCAGAGAAUCAGUUUAUUUAGAUUAAACGAAGGAGAUCCCUGAGGAAAUCAAGAUGAUAGAUGAAAUUAAUAGAAAUCACAAGAAGCGUUAUGAAGUAAGGCAUGUCUUGGAAAAUGAAUAUAGAGAACGAGAUCUUUAAGAUCAAUUGAGAACUCAAGACAGAUUGAUAAAGAGACAUAAGUAUGAUGAUUUGAUCAAGAAAUAUGAUAAGGAGUUUGAUAUCAUUACUUUGGAGAAGCCAGAAAUUGAUCAUAUUGUUAAGGCAUUGCCACCGAAACCUCCUCUAAAUUCUUGGGAUAAGGUUCAGAUGACUAAGUCAGUGUCAGAUGCUCCAAUUCAUGAGGUAAGUAUCCCUGAAGGCAUUGAUUUUAAAGAUAAUGGUCAAAAUCAAAACGAAUCUUAAGGGAGAGUGAGGUUCCCAUAAGUACAUAGAUAAGGAAGUGAGAAAUCCUAAAAGUCUAUCUCUAAAUCUAAUAAAUCUGGGCCAAAAUCUAUAGCUUAAUCAUUGAAAUCGAAUAUUUAAGGAACUGAAAUAAAGUCGGGCGGAUUUUUUUGA